CAGCAUUUGUAAAUGAUCAUGUUUCGCAUCAUUCAAAGUCAAUUCACACAUUCACUGCUAUACGCUUGUAACGCGAAAAUGUAAAUAUGUAGGAAGUACAAUGUAAAUAUGUAGGAAGUACAAUGCCAACGAAUUUUGAAAGUUAAUGGGAAGAUCGAGCGAACGCGAGGAAAUCGCGAUAAUCAAUUUCGGCAAUUCAAUCUCAAGCUUGGAAUUCCUGUCGAGUCACUGGAUAGAUUCAAUGUCAGCGCGUAGGGAAAUGAGACCUCGAUUUGAUUUGGCGGGAUCAAGGGAGACGACGAGGGCGGCGGCGGAUAAGUAAAAGAGGUAUUCAGGUGGAGGACACGAGAAUGAAACUUGUCUUUUCGAGGAAUUUGGCAUAAGUUUCCGGUGGUAGGGGACGCCGGUCUGAACUCAUCGUAUAAAAGUCUUUGGACUCGCUGCUCUGGGAAGAGUCAGUCUCCAUCCGAAAACGUGGUUCCUAAACAAGAUGAUGACGAGGUACAUUGUUGUGCUGGUCGCUGUGCUAGCUGUAAUCUACGCUCAACAACCCGAGACCGUCUCUCAGGACCAGCCGCAGCAAACGCUAGCAGCACCUGCGGCACCGGAAUCGGAAAUCGUCGUGUUCGAUGGAACCGCAUUACAACCAGACUCAACCGAGGUGGCUGAAACGCAACCACGCAAUAAGAGAGCCCCGCUUCUCCUAAAGAAGGCUCUCCUGGGCGGUGCUCUUCUCGGUGCCGGAGCUCUCGGCGCUGGUGCUCUGGGCGCCGGUGUCCUCGGCGCUGGAGUCUUGGGUGCCGGAGCUCUUGGUGCUGGACUGUACAAGGCUAAAUACCUUGGUGGCGGAUACGGCUACGGCGGCUACGGCGGCUACGGCGGCUACGGCGGCUACGGCGGCUACGGUGGCUACGGCGGCUAUGGCGGUUACGGUGGCUACGGCGGCUACGGCGGUUACGGCGGAUAUCACGGCUACAACCCCGGCUAUCAUUAUCACAGUCAUUAUCAUAACGCUCCCCAUCAUAGUUACUACUCACCUCACCACCAUCACUACAGCUACGGAGGACUGGGUUACGACUAUUGGUAAACUGACCGACUUCAAUGUGUAUUGUGAGAAUCUCGUCGAUGAACGGAACUACCUGCCAAUUUAUGUGGAUUUCUUUCUAAAUGUAAUGUAAAUUGAAUGCUUCUUAUGUGAAUCAUAUUUAUCAAUGAUGAUAAGAGCUACCUCCUUUUUGUACAGUGUGCACGCAAUAUUUAUGCAUCGUAGAUAUGUUUACAUAUUUGUUAUGAAACUUAUCAACGAUGCAAAUUACACAGUUUUAAUUUAUACCAAACAUGUUUUAAUUUAAACCAUUUAUGUGUUGAAUAUUUUGAAGCAUAAUAAAAUUUCUGAA